CAUGUCACAAUUGUCCAUUGUUCUGACUUUUGCGUUCAAUAAAAUUGAUAAAUCACUAAUGGAUUAGGUUAGGUUAGAUAGCAUUAAUUAUAUUUACCACUCUGUCUAAAAGUCACGAUUAGAGAGAAAUAAAACUAUACCUAAUGAAAUUCGUGUAUCAUGCAGUCGAUUCAAAACUUCCCAUGUCAUAAGAUUCAAAUUUCGAAUCAUCUUUGACUUGUCACAGGGUGAACUUGUAAAAUUUUAGAUUUAAAUACAUAAGUUUUGUUUAAAGUGUGUGAUUAUUGUAUUAAAUAUAUAUAGAUAAGCAAAUAUGAACGCAAAUAAUGCUCGAAGACGAAAUUCUCGCGCACGAAACACUCAAGGUGAUAUUCAAGAUCCCUAUAUAUCCUCCACGGUCCGUAUCCCUCACCAAACCAUAACUAAACCAAGAAUAAGAAACAUAAGAACUGAUUGUAUUGGAUUGUUUCACCCUCUCACAAAUUCUACAACUAGUGUGACCACUAGUGCUGAAGACUUAUCUACGUCUAAAGCUUUGAUAUUAGUUGGAAUAAUAUUUGUAUCAUCCCUGCUGGCUUUGGGGCUGCUAUACAAACAGUUUCCAGAUUUAGAAGAACAUGAAAAACAACAUUUGCAUUUACCAUGGGACCUUGAAGAUGCUAAACAUUUAGGUUUAGUGCUAGACCGAUAUAAGGAAAAGUAUUUUUACGAAGUAUUAUUUGGAGUGUUCUUAGUUUACAUAUUUUUGCAAACAUUUGCAAUACCUGGAUCAAUUUUUUUAAGUAUCCUUUCAGGUUUCUUGUUCCCAUUCUACCUAGCAUUACUCUUAGUAUGCUGCUGUUCUGCAAUAGGUGCAAGUUUAUGUUUCUUCUUGUCUAACCUUCUUGGUAAGAAGUUAGUGAAGAAAUUCUUCCCAGAGAAAGCUGAGCAAUGGGCCAAAGCAGUGACCAAGCACAAAAAUAAUCUGCUCAACUACAUGAUAUUUUUGAGGGUGACACCCUUUUUACCAAACUGGUUCAUCAAUAUGUCCGCACCUGUUAUAGGGGUGCCCUUAGUACCAUUUGCUUUGGGAACAUUCAUAGGAGUAGCCCCACCAUCAUUUGUGGCCAUCAAAGCUGGACAAACUCUACACACAUUGACAUCAACAAGUGAUGCAUGGUCGUGGACCUCAGUGACCGUACUAAGUGUAUUCGCACUCAUCUCUUUAGUACCAGUAUUCCUAAAAGACAAGUUGAGAGAAAAGUUUGAAUGAAAACAUUUAGUUCAUUUUUAGUUAAUUUUAUUUAUUUUAUGAUUUAAUAAAUUGGUGUUUUGUACAUUCCA